CGACUCAACUUCUCUAUUAAUACCUUCCCCUUCCUCAUCUACGGCGAGAAACAAACCAUCUAUCUAUCCCUGAAGAGAAACUUAGUAUCUGUGAGAGAGAUUCUUCACAUAUUGUAAAGAGAAAGUGAGGUUGAUCAUAAUCUAUAUUCGAUCAUGCGUAAACCAACACAAACGCAGCAAAACAGCAUUUGUUUUGAUCCUUUAUCUUCGUUACCAAAUGGCAAAAAAGACCCAGAAAAUCCUAAAUCAGCAUCCUCCCUUUCUGAGAUCAUCACAGAGACGAAAUCACUCUUCAACCUUGCUUUUCCUAUUGCCCUAACAGCUCUUAUCCUCUACUCUCGCUCUAUCCUCUCCAUGCUCUUUCUUGGUCGUCUUGGUGACCUUGAGCUUGCUGCUGGCUCGCUGGCUAUUGCCUUCGCGAAUAUCACUGGAUAUUCAGUCCUUUCAGGGCUGGCUUUAGGCAUGGAGCCCAUUUGUUCACAAGCCUUCGGUGCUCAACGUCCAAAGCUUCUAUCUUUAACCCUUCACCGCUCAGUAAUUUUCCUACUAGUCUCUUCAAUACCCAUCUCUCUUCUCUGGCUUAACAUAUCCAAGAUCCUUUUAUAUCUUCAUCAAGAUCCUAAUAUCACACGUAUUGCUCACUCCUAUCUCAUCUUCUCUCUCCCUGACCUUUUAACAAAUUCCUUUAUUCACCCCAUCCGCAUUUACCUUCGCGCUCAAGGCAUCAUCCAUCCACUAACUUUAGCAUCCUUCACCGGCACCAUUCUUCACUUUCCUAUUAACCUUUUUCUCGUCACUCAUCUACGUCUCGGCGUUGCUGGAGUCGCAGCCGCAGCUGCUAUCUCCAACAUCUUUGUGCUUUUAUCCUUAGCUUUGUACAUUUGGACUUGCCGCUUGUACGAGCCGGCGUGGACAAAGCCAACAGUUGACUGCUUAACCGGCUGGAAACCCCUGCUCAAGCUGGCUGCUCCAAGCUGCGUAUCGGUUUGCUUAGAGUGGUGGUGGUACGAGAUCAUGAUCGUUUUGUGUGGAAUUUUAGUGGACCCUAAAGCAUCGGUGGCCUCCAUGGGCAUUCUGAUCCAAACGACGUCGUUGCUGUAUGUUUUCCCGUCUUCUCUUGGCUUUGCGGUUUCCACACGUGUGGGUAACGAACUUGGUGCUAAUCGUCCUAAGACAGCGAAAUUAUCCGCUGUAGUCGCAGUGUUUUUAGCUGCAAUGAUGGGCCUAUCAGCUACGGUUUUUGCAUCCGGGAUGAGAGAUAAGUGGGGUCGGAUGUUCACCAACGACGUGGAGAUCCUACGGUUAACAUCAGCUGCCUUGCCGAUCCUAGGGUUGUGCGAGCUCGGCAACUGUCCACAAACAGUAGCGUGUGGGGUCCUGAGAGGCAGUGCACGCCCGUCCACAGCAGCUAACGUGAACCUCGGCGCAUUCUAUCUUGUCGGCAUGCCUGUAGCUGUUGGACUCGGAUUUUAUCUCGAAGUCGGGUUUUCUGGGCUCUGGCUUGGGCUUUUAUCGGCCCAGGUUUGUUGUGCCGGCUUCAUGUUGUACGUAGUGGGGACCACCGACUGGGAUUUUCAAGCGGAUAGAGCUCAGAUGCUAACAUGCGCAGGGUGUAUAGAUACUGGGUUAGUUUGCGACAUGAAGAGCGAAGAACAGCAGCCGUUGAUUUCAAUUGCGGUGACGUCGCCUUAAUUAUUGCUAUUUUUUGGUUAGAAGAAGAGAUGGGGGUGCUGCCUAAAGGGGAAAAAGAAGAAUAUUUUUUGUUAUUAUGGAAUUUAUAUAUUCUUUUGUGAAUUAUAUUAUUAAUGUCAUAUAUUUUUAUUUUUAUUUUCAUUUUGAAUUGGCAAUGCAAACAAGAGCAGAGACUGAUGUAACGUCACCAUUGUCCAAUAACCGUUGGUUGGGACAGUGUUUCAGAUAUUCAGACAUGUUUGAUGCUUGAUGACUCUUUGUGAGUUUAGCA